CAUUUAUCGCAUAAUUUACAUCCGCGAGGACAGAACAUCUUCCUUUGUUCAUACGUGACACCCUCACGAUAGCAAAAUCCGUUUGCGAUAUGAGCCGGACAUUCUGGGCGAUCCUCGCACUUGUUCUGCUCUUGUACAGGAGGGGGAGCUGUAGUAGUAGUAGUGGUAGGAGGUCGGGUCUCGCGGGUUAGUGGCAUUACUGUAGUUGGUCGAGGCUCAGACUUCGAAACACUUCGGUAUCGCAAAACCGUUUUCGAUACGUAGGCCCUAUUCCAUGUUAUUAUAGGAACUCGAUUGGUAUAAGAUCGAAGUUUGGUUCCUGCUGCGCUUGGAGAACAGAAUCUGUAACCGGUGACUUGCUGAUUUUUGUUUGUUUUGAUUUCUACACCAGCGUUCCGACAACCCUCGAGAGCAUGUUCUUCGGAGAAGCUCACAAGCUCUACUUCAAUGUCGGUGUCUUCAGGAGAUUCAAUCCAGUAGUAACAUCUGGUGUAGUUUGCAUGAUCUUUGUAAUCGCCUAAGAAAUCCGUGAAAUUUCUCCAUUCUGUCGAUGCAUUGUAUGUCUGCCCGCAUUCCUUUGGGUUUCCUUUGGGCCUCUCAUUGCAUAGAUUUCCAGCAUAUCCUUCUGGGCAGACGCAUUUGGCGCAAUUGAGUGGAUGGGGAUAUCCACCAUUUUGACAUUUCUCCUUUCUCUUUUUUCCCCCAUUCCUGUUUCCUUUUGUCGCAUCCAUAGAGUUUGUUCAGCAUUAAGGCGUCGAUGAAGGAAACGAAUGGCGACCCAAGAGUUUCUCGAUAAUCCUUGUCAAAUGGCAUCAGCGUUGGAAUUUGGCGGUUGAUCGCAGCAUCCGUUGCACGGUAGUGCAUAAUGCUACCAUAGUCGUAGUCCAAACCAAAGUUAUCAUUCUCCUCUACUGUCUGCCACGCGAAUUGACUUCGCCAAUACUCAUGAAUAUUUGCGUAGUCUACUAUGACGUAUUUAUCGCGAUCGUGUCUGGACAUAGUGUGGUAAAAUCCAAGGGCGUGGCCAAUCUCGUGGGCUGCGAUGGAGGUUGUCUCACAUGCGUCUGCUAGAGAAAUCUGUUGCAGGCCUCCAGUUUUUCCAAGGCUCGACCAACAUCCGCCCUUUGCUUGCACUAUCAGUAGAUCUUUACCGUAUCCUUUAAGACGCUCCACGUCGUUUAUGCCUUGUAAGCUAUCGUAAUGUUGGAAUUUUAUGCAUGUGUCUUUUGUCCACAUAUUCACUCCCCUCAAAAAGGCUCCUUUGGCAUCUUCGUUUAGAGAAACGUUGAAGAUGUAGUUCACUGUGAAAUUAUUCCAUAGCCUCACGCCAUCUUUGUCUCUAAUCGCCUGGCGUUUGGUGCGGUUGACUCCUCCAAGUUCCUCUUGAAGCUCCUUGAUGAUGAUCUCACCCUGCACCUCAUUCAGGUAGAUGUCACCCUGGAAAAGCUUCUCGUCGAUUUUAGUUUUGUUAUUGAUCUCGUCAAUGUAGUCUCCCUUCGGAUUCAAGUGAUCAAGCACCAUUGUCGGCAUUUGCUGAAGAAAUUUUCGAUUAAUAUAUCCUCCUAUAAAAACAUGAUUUCCAUGGGCGGUCAAAUUUCUCUGAUUAAGAUGAUAUGGAGUUUUUCUGUGGGAACAAUGUCAUUUUUAAUAAAGCGCGUAGCAAAAAAAUCAAGCAAUUGA